CUUUAUUAUUAAUAUAAAAAUUUUCAAUUACUUACUAUCGAAUAUUUUUCUACUAUUUCAAUUAAUUAAAUUAAUAAUUAUGGCAUCAAGUGAUAAAGCAGUUGGAGCUACGUUGCUUUUAACUUCUGUAGCAUUAUUUUUAUAUUAUACCAUAUGGGCGUUAAUCAUGCCAUUUGUUGAUGAUGGACAUCCAUUACAUGAAUAUUUUCCUGAUAGAUCAUACGCAAUAAGAAUACCUGUUGUAUUAUUACUUUUUGGUCUUACCGUAGUAUUCACAUUCUUAGCUUUAGUUAUGAUAAAAAGUAAUGGUGCAAAGAAAAAUGUUAAAAAAGCUUAAACCC